ACUAGCGGCCCUUGGUGCCUUUUUCUGCCCCUGAACUGCGGUUCUGGGAUUAAAGUCUGGGUUUGCGUUAAUGAUUCCAGGACUGAAAAGAGGAGUGGGCAAUGGAGAGGAAAAGACGGGCGCUGGCUGAAGCUCUGUCGAGCAAGCAGAGCUCAGUCCUGCUCCGCAGAGCUGUGCCGAGGAGGGGCUGGCUCGGCUGGGACACCAGCACCCCGAGGGGCACUAACCCCUACGCCCCAGCAGAGGAAGCCGGGCUUUGGCCAUUGCCCCAGCUUCCUGUGUAACUUCUGAGAGCGUCUCGGUGUAGGGGGACCAGCUGAAAAAGAAGCUCUUUACACAGCUAGGGCGAUGUGAUCUGGAUGGGGAGUUCCUUUAGGGCUGUUCCUCCACUUUCCUCUUGAAGGAUUUAGUUGCGUGCAUUUCAAAGAGCUGUUUAAAAUGUCACUACUGCAGACUGACCGAAGGACUUGACUGCCCCUCGUGAGAGUCCAAAGUACGUGUGGGGAACACAGGAGUCAGUCACUGGACACAGUAAUGGUGCAAUACUGGGCAUAUGGCCAAGAGUCUGAGAUCUGAGUAAGGAGUCAAAGCUGUGACGCAUCCCAGCACUGAGAGGGCUCCACUUUGGUGCAAAGCAAAAAAGCAGGAAGUUGGGACUGACACCCUUUUGACAGCAUUUCUUGAAGAUUUAAUGAGUAUAGAAUAACGUUUGAAGAGACUAUUAUGGCUCUUGCUGCUAUGUAUUUUUUACUGAAGAUCCCAAGAGCUAUGUCCCUGCGGGUUCCCUUGAGAAGAUCUCUGCAACUUUGCAGUCGAUGCUACCCAGUUCACGCCCCUUUGAGUUAUGAAGCCAUCAAACAACAGUACAGACCAGAGGUGCCAGAGUAUUUCAACUUUGCAAGAGAUGUGCUGGACAGAUGGACUGAAGCAGAAAAGGAGGGAAAAAAGUCCAAAAACCCUGCAUUGUGGUGGGUAGAUGGUGCUGGAGAAGAGGUGAAGUGGAGUUUUGAGGAGCUGGGAGUGCUGUCCAGGAAGGCAGCAAAUGUGCUCUCUGAUGCCUGCGGUCUGCAACGGGGAGACAGAGUUCUUCUUAUUCUGCCUCGAAUUCCAGAGUGGUGGCUGAUGAACGUGGCUUGCAUGAGAACAGGAACUGUUCUGAUUCCUGGCACACAGCAAUUGACAGCAAAGGACAUUUUUCAUCGACUACAGAAAUCCAAGGCAAAGUGUAUCAUCACCGAUGAUUCUGUGGCACCAGCUGUAGACUCAGUUGGGGCUGAAUGCCAGUUUCUGAAAUUCAAGUUGCUUGUGUCAGAGAGGGGACAUAGAGAAGGAUGGCUGAACUUUAAAGAUCUCCUGAAGAAUGCUCCUUCUGAUCACCAGUGUGUGAACACACACUGUAAGGAUCCAAUGGCCAUCUUUUUUACCAGUGGAACAACGGGAUCUCCAAAAAUGACUGAACAUUCCCACAGCAGCUAUGGUAUUGGCCUCACAGUAAGUGGAAGGUACUGGCUGGACUUGACUUCCUCAGAUGUACUUUGGAAUACAUCAGACACAGGCUGGGCAAAGUCAGCUUGGAGCAGCAUUUUUUCAGCAUGGAUUCAAGGGGCGUGUGUAUUCACGCAUAAGAUGCCACACUUUGACCCAAGCAUUGUCUUUGAGAGUCUGUCAAGAUUUCCCAUAACUGUCUUCUGUUCUCCUCCAACUGCCUAUCGAAUGUUUGUGCAACAUAAACUGUCCAGCUAUACAUUCAAAAGCCUGCGGCACUGUGUGAGUGCUGGGGAGCCAAUGAACCCUGAUGUGAUGGAAGAAUGGAAAGCGCAGACUGGGCUGGAUAUUCAUGAAGGCUAUGGACAGACAGAAACAGUGCUGAUCUGUGGAAAUUUUAAGGGAAUGAAAAUCAAACCUGGCUCUAUGGGAAAGCCGGCUCCAGGGUAUGAUGUCAAGAUUAUAGAUGAAAACACUAAUAUUCUGCCCCCUGGAAAAGAAGGAGAUAUUGCCAUCAGAGUAAAACCUACAAGAUCACCAUUUCUUUUUACUCGCUAUGCUGAUGAUCCAGAGAAAACGGAGGAAACGAUACGUGGGGACUUUUAUGUCACUGGAGACAGGGGGAUUAUGGAUGAGGAUGGAUACCUCUGGUUCGUUGGAAGAGCUGAUGAUGUCAUUAAUUCUGCUGGAUACCGUAUUGGACCGUUUGAAGUAGAAAGUGCAUUAAUAGAGCAUCCUGCAGUGGUGGAAUCAGCAGUUGUCAGCAGUCCAGACCCCGUCAGAGGAGAGGUGGUGAAAGCCUUUGUUGUUUUAACAUCUGACUAUGCUUCACAUGAUCCGGAAAAACUGAUGAAAGAGCUACAAGACCACGUUAAGAAAGUUACAGCUCCGUACAAGUAUCCUAGGAAGAUGGAGUUUGUUCAACAGUUGCCAAAAACUGUUAGUGGGAAGAUCAGAAGAAAUGAACUGCGCCAGAAGGAGUGGAGAAAAGAUUAGCGGUACUUGUUGCUUUUCAUAGGAUUUGUUUUACAAAGUAAGAUUUUGCAGAUUUAUACAGCAACGUAGAGUAAGAGACAUGGUGCUAGGUCCUUAUUCUUACCUCUUCCCAGCAUUUGGCUCUCCCAGGUGUGACACUAAUAGCUGAUAGUACCAAAGCAGGCAGACCAAUAGAAAUGAAAUGAGAAACUCACACAGUCAAGAGCACAAGAGAUUAUGUCUGUUAAGUAAAGUAUUUAAUGAAGCAUCACCAGCAUUUUAUCUUUAUUGUUAUCUAAUUUAAAGAAUAAAAAAGACAGUAAGAGUUUAAGAGAACACUAUUGCUUCA